UUUAACUACUCCGUUAGUCCUUUUUGUACCCUAUCUCUCUCUCUCCCCUCUCAACGCACGUUGAUUACAGAUCCAAUCACUCUCAAAAGUCCAAUACAAUCAUCUUCUUUUCCCGUUCCUAUUCCUUCGUUUCUUCUUGUUAUCUGUAUCGUCACAGGUGGGGAAGCCAUGUGAGCUGUUUUAAAGCGAAAGAACUAGUUGUAUGAGAUUGUCUUUAAUCCCUUCUUUAACUUUUUUCUUUUGAAAUGAGUGGCGAGGCUCAAGCAAAACUAGGAAGAAUGAUGUGCGAUAGAUACUUAAGCACUCACAAAUUUUCACUUCUUUUGUCUCCUGUUAUUUCUUUUUGGGAAUGUAGCGUCCGAAAAAUGAGGUAUUCGUUCAGACCCGAGGUUGUGUAGGUAUAUAGGAUUGAAAUAUUUAAGUAGUUUCCAUAUUUUAAUUUAAGUUAGUUUAGUAUCGAAUUAUAAGUUAUGGGAACACAGAAGGGGACAUACAUGUAAUUAGAUACUGUAUACACCUUAGUAAAAUUUUUCCUUUGGAACGAAAAGGGAAAAUCAAAAUUUCAUCUGGAUAUAAAUUAUAAUGGAGAGUGUUAAAGUAACAGCUAGUGUUAGAAAACCAAAGAAAAAACCGGCGGAUCGGAUUAAACAGGCUGAGAAGAAAAAAAGGCGUUUGGAGAAGGCUUUGGCUACAUCUGCAGCCAUACGCUCUGAACUGGAGAAAAAAAAACUGAAGAAAAAAGAAGAACAGGAUAGGCUCGAUGAAGAAGGGGCCGCAAUAGCUGAGGCAGUUGCACUGCAAGUCCUACUCGGUGAAGACGUGGAUAACUCGGAAAUGGAUAAGGGGUUGGCCUCUUGGGAUCACGCUAGCGACAUCGGCUUCAUUACAGGGUCAGGACAGCCCCAUUCUUAUUAUAUGUCGAAAAAUCCAUGCAAAACUGAUGGCAUGAUUACCAACAGCAAUCGAAAUGGGAGAAUGUCAAAUUUCUGGGGACAUUCAAACGACAAUAGAGUGGACAGAAGCUUUUACCCUCAAUACUUGGGUAACAUUUGGGGUUCAGUUGGCUUAUCGGCUGGUCAUCUUGCGGCUCAGACAAUUUCAUCUCUUAAAAUAUCUGAAGACUCGCGAGUCAAUGCUUUUGUUGCCAACCAUUUCGUGAGAGGGUAAAACAGGAAAAGCCAUUUGGUUGUCUGGCCAAAAGCCGUGGCCUCAUCAGUGUCUGUUGUGAUGAAUAAAUGGUGUGUUUCUUCUUGAAUUCGAGUUCAACUGUUUGUUACUAGGGUUUUCAGACUUUGUAAUACUGUUAAGAAUGUUGGCCUGAUGAAUCUUAUUUUGUUUCUGAUUGAUUGGUGGUUUGCUCGGAGGAAAAUGUGAUUUUAUCUUCUGGAUUGGCAUUAUCUUUGAUGAUUUUUCUUGUUAACUUUUCAUUUUGAAUUCCAGUUAACAACAAUUCUAUGGAGCCAUUGGAUGGU